GUAUGCCCGUGUGACGUCAUCAGGCCGCGCCGCGCUGCUGCUCUGUUGCGAUUCGCUUAAGAAAAGGACAGAGCAUACAAAAAACACAGAGAAACUCCUGGUGAAGCGGCCGAGAUCCACGUUACACACUAUUAUAAAGAUGGCGUUUAUUAAAGAGGAGAGUGAAGACGUGGAGAUUGAAGAAACAUUCAGAGUCAAACAUGAAGAAACUGAGGAACAAACAGACCUUAUGGCGCUGAAAGAGGAAAGUCAAGAUGUGAAUAAAACGGAAGAGAAAGAUCAGUUUGGGAAACAUCAUGAUUUAACAACUGGAGAAUCAUUUAGUUGCUCACAGACUGAAAAGACUUCACAAAAAAGGGCUCAAAAGACAGCGAAUAGAAGUUAUUUCACCUGCCAACAGUGUGGAAGGAGAUUCUCUCAAAAAGGAAAUCUGAAAACUCACAUGAGAAUUCACUCUGGAGAGAAGCCUUACACAUGUCAACAGUGUGGAAAGAGCUUCACACACCAAGGAACCCUUUAUACCCACAUGACAGUUCACACUGGAGAGAGCUCUUAUGCCUGCAAACUGUGUGGAAAAACCUUGACACGUAAAGGGAAUCUUAAGAUUCACAUGAGAACUCACACCGGAGAGAAACCUUUCACAUGUGAUCAGUGUGGAAAAUGUUUCACACGUAAAGAAAGCCUUAAUAACCAUGUGAGGAUUCACUUAAAAGAUAGCUGUUGUAUAUGCCAUCAGUGUGGAAUGAGUUUCACAGACAAGAAACAACUAAAAACGCAUGUAAUAACUCACGCCGGAGAGAAGCCUUACAUGUGCCAUCACUGUGGAAUGAGUUGUGCAACCAACACAAACCUUAAAGUCCAUGUGAGAGUUCACACUGGAGAGAAGCCUUACAGCUGCCAACAAUGUGGAAAGAGUUUCCCUCGAAAAGAAACUCUUAAGACUCACAUGAGAAGUCACACCGGAGAGAAGCCUUACUCCUGUAAACUGUGUGGAAAGAGUUUCACACAUAAAGGAACCCGUUAUAGCCACAUGAAAGUUCACAAUGGAGGGAAGCGUUUCACGUAUCUUUAGUGUGAGAAGAGAUUCAAACAUUAAAUAGAUCUGAAAAGUCAACUGCAGAUUCAUUCUGCCAAGAAAUUGCAGUGCUCUGAGUGUAAUAAGAGGUUUAGACCAAAGGAGCAAUUUCACUUGUUCAUUCACCCUGGAGGAAGUAAGUGGGUCCUCGUAAAGCAUGUAAAAGCAUUGAUUUAGCUUUUAACAACUUGAAAAUCCAUAAAAAGUCUUAAAUAUUGGGGGAAAGUCCUAACCGUUUGCAAAGAUUUAACAUUUUUGGAGCACAAACAGAGGAGACUUUUAAAAAGGCAAACAUGGUUUUGAUUGGCUGGAGAUUGUGAUGGUAACUGAUUUUCAUGCUGACCGAGCUGCUGGAUUGAUUUGGCGUGUUCAGGUGGACAAGAAGAUGGGAAAUGUACAUUUUUUAAGUGGCAUGAAAAUAUCAAAUUCUCAAACUGGUUAAGACCAGUACCAGGAAAUUAUUGAAAAGCUUGUUACAGAAUUUGUAAGAAAUGCUUUAAACUUGGCUCUAUGGGUGUUAAGGCAGUCGAACUUGAACAUUCAAGGAGAAAAGCACAAGCGAUAUGUGUGAUAAUGGCAAAUCAUAGCUCGUACACCUCUAACAAAAAUAUUAAGCCAAUUUUUAAGCAAACUUUCACAACUCCAAGCUUGUGAAAACAUUCAAAUGUGGACAAGACAGAACUGCCUAUGUCAUCAAGUUUGGUUUGGCUCAGUAGAUAUUAUGUUUCCUUGCUCACUUCCUCAGCAUUACUUGGAGGAACUUGGAAAGAAGAAAAUAUUACCACAAACAGGACCAGAUUUAGAAAAUUGUUUCUAAGGUGGAAUGAGGACUAUGAGGGGUGGCUACACCAAAAUGUGCACCCAUUCUUGAUUUAUAGCUUGACAUACACAUUCGUGUUCAUGAAUAUGCUAAACAGUUGCAUUUCCACAAAGUAGUUAUUUAAAAUAAACAGGAAAAUGUCCAUAUAAAUAUCCAGGGCACCAAUUCAGGACACUGUAAUGUCAACAGAUUCUAAAUGCCUUGUAAGAUUAUGUCUAUAAUUAUUACAUAUAGAAGACAAGUAGUUUUAUUAAUAUUAGAUAGGCUACUUGGUAAUCACAAGUUUAAAGUCUGCGUGAACUGGAAGUUGCAAACAACUUUUCUCCAGUGUUGUGACGUAUUUCCAAGUGAAACAGAAUAUUGGAUAGAGGGCAGAGUUUUACUUUAGCGCUCCUCCUCGCCAUCUCUCGGUCAUAGCAGAUGAACGGUAGCAGAGGAGUGUUUACGCGUUUUCAACCCAAGCCGUCAAACUGACGUUAUCAGAGAAGGAACGCCAUUCCAGACCAGAAGUAACUUCAUAUUUUGGUUAAAGAUUACCGCGACAAACAAUUUUUUUCUGUGUUUUAACUUGCACGGAUUGAUUGUUAUCCUCAAGACUAGUAAUAUGCACUAACAAAGUUAAUAAGGUCAAUUUUGAUUUCACUUUAAGAGUAACAAAAACUUUUGAUUUGGCUAGAAAUGCCAAAAUAUCAAAGCACAGACUGAAUCUGAUUUUUAUUUUAUUUUAUUUUUUUUUUUGAGUUUCUGUUAUCUGUUAUUUACAGAGAUGGAAAUGUCUUUAUGUGGAUGUUAUGGAAGGUCACCAAGAACACCCAAGCAACUGCAUAGCACAGCCUAGCAACUGCAUAGCACAGCCUAGCAACCACCCUGAAUAUCCUAGCAAAUGCGUAGCAACACUUUCUAUCACAUCUAUCCUGAUUCAACUUCAAACUAUUUAACUUGAAUUUAAAACACGAAAUUUGUCUUUCAAGAUUUUCAGUCUAGAUAAUUUAAUUGUUUUUUUUUCACAGAUUUUCAACCCGCUUUGUAAUCAAGUUGUUACAACAUCGAUAGUACACACCGUGGCCCAAAAUGAAAAAAAUCCUGGACUCCAUGAUUUGAUCAUUUUUGUAUUGAUUAUGUUUCUAGCAUGUUAUAUGUUUGGCAACAGUACUUCUAAACCUAAUUGAUGGAGUGUGUAGAUUUUCAUUUAUUGAACAACCAUGUAGGAAGACACAUCAUGGCGAUAUUCCAGGAUGAUAAUGUCAAGAUUCAUCAUGCUUAAAUUGUAAAAAGAUUGGUUGGGAUCAAAAGUCAUUUGUUAAUUAAAUUGAGUGUGCUGCAUCAGUUGCAGCUCGCAAUGACUUAUAGUUGUCAUUAUUUUAUAUUGUUUUAUAUAAUUAUUUUUUACAUGAUUUUGUGCUACAUUGUGUCAUCACAUUGAAAAGUGGUACAGGAAACAUUUCUUACAUUUGUAUUUUAUACUGGAAUAAUUCUGGGGAGGCAAAGCUAUAGAUUCGACCUUGCACCCUUGCUUUAUUUCAUAUCAUUGACCAUUACACUACAUCCGUCUUACCUGUCUUUUAGUAAAGAGACUGCUAAAGGUUUUAUACAAUAUACACUGUGUGCUAAAUGUUAAUUCAAAAGACAAAGAAUAAAAACAAGCAAAGUUGAACUAA